AUGGAAGAAUUUAAAGAAUUUACUGUUAGUAAUGAUGCGCUUUAUGAUUUUUCUGUUACUGAUGAUACAUCAUAUGAAAAUAUUCAGGACGUAAAUGAUAUCCUAUAUAAUAAGCAAAAUCAAUUUGAUGUUAGCAAUGUUUUAUAUAUAAAUGAUCAAACUGAAUAUGAAAACAAUGAUAUGAUGAAUUGUGAAGGUACUCAACAUGAUAUAAUAAAUUGUGAAGGUGCUCAACAUGAUAUGACGAAUUGUGAUGGUACUCAACAUGAUAUGAUGAAUUGUGAAGGUGUUCAAUCCGAUAUGCCUGAGUCAACAAAAAGUAAGGAUACAGAGAAAGAAACGACUUCUAAACGUAUUGGAUGCAUAUGGCAGAUAAAUCUUUCUUGUUCAGAAAAAAACAACCCUUACAAGAUUGUAUAUGUCACAAAAUUAAUUGAUGAGCAUAAAAACUAUAGUCUUGAUCGAGCAUGUUACCAGUUCUGGGAAAAUUUUGAGUUUGCAGUAGAUAUGGCUAAGGAGGUUGAAUUUUUUGUAACAAAAAUGAAUUGUAGUCCUCAACAAAUUCGCAAAGCUCUUGAGAAAAAAUAUUCUGUAAAGAUUUACAUACCAGUGCUACAUCGGGAAAUUCAACGGUUUCGUCCAAAAUCCUAUAACCAGACAAAUGAUACUAGUCAUUU